AUGGCCGCUCAGGCUGGCGGAAACGGCGUAAACGGCGGAGCGGGAGGCUUAGGCGGAGGCGGAGGCGGAGGGGGAAGCGGAAGCGGAGGCGGAAGCUUAGGCGGUCGUCCCGUGGGGGAUGACUAUGUUCUGGAGAAGCAGAUAGGUUCGGGGUCGUUUUCCGUGGUGUGGAGGGGUAGGAGGCGGUCGACGGGCGACGCGGUGGCGAUUAAGGAAAUUCCGACGGAGAAAUUAAGUGCCAAGCUGCACGAGAGUCUUGAGUCGGAAAUUGCGAUUCUGAAACGCGCAAGGCAUCCCAAUAUCGUUCAUCUAUUGGACAUAGUUAAGACCUCAUCGCGCAUGUUCCUUGUCCAGGAGUACUGUGCGGGUGGUGACCUCUCGCACCACAUCAGACGCGGCGGGGCGGUGAAAGAGGCGGCAGCCCGGCACUUUAUGAGGCAGCUGGGUGCGGGGCUGCAGGUGCUGCGAGCAAACAACCUGAUCCACCGGGACCUGAAACCCCAGAACCUCCUGCUAUCUGAACGCACGUCUGCUGCAGUGCUCAAGAUUGCUGACUUCGGUUUCGCCAGGUCACUGCAGCCACAGGGACUGGCGGAGACGCUAUGCGGGUCCCCCCUGUACAUGGCGCCAGAGAUCCUGCAGUGCCAGCGAUACGACGCCAAGGCGGAUCUGUGGAGUGUGGGCGCCAUUCUCUUUGAGCUCGUCGUGGGGCGACCCCCCUUUGGCGGCCAGAAUCAUGUCCACCUGCUGCAAAACAUCAAGAGGAGCGAGGCACGUGUACCGCGCGACAUUGCCGCAACUCUCUCUGACGACUGUCUCGGGCUCAUCCGCUCUCUGCUCAAGCGGAACCCCGUGGAGCGGCUGUCGUUUGAACAGUUCUUCAACCAUCCCUUCCUUGGCUUGGCAAGUUCCCCACAGUCUAUCUGGCAACCACCAGCAUCCUUCACCAACCCAGCUACUCACGCCGAACCUCUGCCACUCCGGACCGAACCGCCACCCUUUCCUGCCGAACCUCCAUCAUCCUCUGCCGAACCUCGCCAACUAUCGGCCGAGCCUCCGCCACAGAGUUCCAGGCCUCCUGCGUCUGUUCCUGCCACGUCAACUCCUGCCAGUGCCACCACCCCUUUGGCUCCUGGUGCUGCCCCUGGUGCUGCAGGGCACGUUGUGCCUGCUCCCCCAACCUCCCCCUCCCUUACUCCCCCUGCUCAUACCCCCCCGCCUCCCCCUUCCCUUACCCCCCCUGCCCCUGGUCCCUCGCUUCCCCCUCCCCUGACCCCCCCUGGCCUGCCUGCCCCCCUUGCUUCCCCUUUAUCUGCCCCACCUUCCUCCCCCUAUCGCUCUGCUUCCCCCCACCUCACCCCGAGCCCCACUUUUCCUACUGCUUCUAACCCUGUUUCAGCUACCACUGUAAAUAGUGUUGUAACGGGUGCUGUUAGAGGGGAUCCUUAUAAGGAGGAUAGUGAUCCCUGGGGUGUGGUUGCUGUGGGUGGUGGUAGUGGAGGGGGUGGAGGGACAGGGAGUGGGGGAAAGGAUGGAGGGAGUGGGAGAGUGGGCGGGGGUGAAGGGAGGGCAGCGGGAGAGAGAAAAACUCGUUCAGUCACUGCUUAUGAGGUCAGACCCUCGCCCACCUACCAGCAUACCCACCCACAGCAACAACAGGGACAACAGGGACAGCAGCAGCAGCAGCAGCAGCAGCAGCAGCAGCAGCAGCAGCAGCAGCAGCAGCAGCAGCAGCAGCAGCAUCAGAAUCAGUCAGCUUUUGUGUCAAAAUUAGAGAGAGGAACAGAGGCGGCAACAGGAGCGGCAGCAACAGCAAAAGCAGCAGCGGCAGCAGCAGCAGCAGCAGCAGCAGCAGCAGCACCAGCAGCAACAGCACGUGUACCACCACCAGCAGCAGAGACAGCUCCGCUGCGAGCCACACUGGUUGGACCAUCACUGGCAGCAACCGUUCCAUUCUCAAUGGCAGUGGCGCCAGCAGCAGCACCUACAUCCAUGCCUGCACCGCUGGCCCCACCAGGAGAUGAAAGAGGCGGCACAGACUCAUUUGAGAUGCUCGAAGGGGAUUACGUCGUCGUGGACCAUCCAUCCGAACCCUCUCUGUCCGCCGACCAAUCCGCCUCUGCCAACUCAUCUCUCGGCCAGUCGAGCCGAUAUCAUCAAAUGAAGCAAAGCGUGCGCUACAUUGCAGAGAUUGCUGCCAGCAAGCUGGAAGCAGCAGCACCACUUGCAUCGCUCUCCAUCCACCUGGUUGCACUCGCAGUGUGGAAAGAGGCUCUCACGCUCUCUCACGACUGGGCUGCCACUAGUGCCACCAGUGCUAAUAGCGCCCCCAGUGAUACUUAUAACGGUGGUGCUUAUAGUGGUGAUGCUUAUAACGGGGGUGCUUAUAGUGGUUCUGGCGGAAUGAUUCCGGUGCGCAGGAGCAGCAGCGUGGGGGGGCAUGGGGGCGGCAUGGUUGGGCAUGGGGGCGGCAUGGUUGGGCAUGGGGGCGGCAUGGUUGGGCAUGGGGGCGGCAUGGUUGGGCAUGGGGGCGGCAUGGUUGGGCAUGGGGGCGGCAUGGGUGGGCAUGGGGGCGGCUUGGGGGGGCAUGGGGGCAGCAUGGGUGGUCAUGGGGGAGGGGAGGAGGCAGCAGCAGCGAUGGCGUGUGACUUGGUAGAGGCUGAGUUCCUGGCAGCUGUUGAGACGGCAGAGGUGGUUGCUGCUGCUGUUGACAGGGACGAAGAGGAAGCAGCAGCAGCAGUGGUGGCGUGUGAUUUGGUAGAAGCAGAGUUCCUGGCAGCUGUUGAAACAGCAGAGACGGUUGCUGCUGCUGUUGACAGGGACGACCCAUCACCCGUGCCUGAUGCUCUGGAGAUCGUCUAUCAGACUGCCCUCAUCGCUGGUCGCUCUGCUGCUGUGAGUUCCCCUUCCCACUUCCCUGUCCCCAAUGUGUCUUUUUCCUGCCUCUAUGUGGAGGAGCUGAUGGGAAACAUGGCAUCAGCAGCAGCAGCCUAUGUGUGUUCUGAGUCGACUCAAAGCUCUCUCCCCCUGUUCUUCCUCCUCUGUAUUUCUACCUCUCCCUCUCAGGUGGAGGAGCUGAUGGGAAACAUGGCAUCAGCAGCAGCAGCUUACGCUCGCUCCGCCACGCUCUUCGCCUUCCUCCUGCACCUCGCCCCUCGCCUCCCCAUCUCCCCGCCCCUCCGCCUCUCCCCUGCCGACCGCCACCGCCUCACCAAGUACCAUGACGGGGUGUUGGCCCGCCAGACACACUGCUCUGCUGUGCUGCACUGCUGA